AUGAGCUCCUCCUCUUCUUCUUCGUCGUCUGCCUCCGACAACUCUGACGCCGAGUCGCUGCUGCCACACACGCUCCGCGUACAGACCGAGCCUGCUGCCCCGACCGUCGUCCACGGCAUCAACAUCCAGUCGCGCGUCCCGAUCAUCCUCGAUCUCAACGACGCCAACUACACUGCCUGGGCUCGUUCCUUCUCUGCCAUCUUCGGCCAGUACGGUCUCCGCGAACACGUCGAUGGCACUGCGGCCAAGGGCGACAACGACUGGGUGCAGAAUGACUGCGCCAUCGUCUCCUGGUUCUACAACCGCAUCUCCCCCGAGCUCCUCGCCAUCGUCUCGGAGGACGCCGACACCGCCUACUCCCUCUGGACCGGCGUGCGCUCCCUGUUCCGCGACAACACGGACACGGGUGCGGUCUACCUCGGCGCCGAAUUCCGCAAUUUCUAUCAAGGCGAUCUCCCGGUGCUCGACUACUGCUCCCGCAUGAAGGUGAUGGCCGAUCGCCUUGGCGGCCUCGGUGCUCCGGUCAACGACAAGGACCUGAUCUACAACAUCGUCCGCGGCCUCAACCCCCGUCUGCACCAUGCCAUCCCCCACAUCACGCUGCGCCGGUGCCUUCCGUCGUUCCUCAAGACGCGCUCCAUGCUACAGCUCGAGGAACACCGCAUCAACGAAUCGGAGAAACUCUAG